UUUUUUUUUUCUUUGGGCGGUGGGGUUGAUGACGUGUUUUAGUAGCUAGGAGAGAUGACUAUACCCGCCAGCAGUAGGAGUAUAGGCUGUUGUUGUUGUUGUUAUUAAGUACGAGUUUAGAGAGGACGAGUAGUUCGGCUGGAUUGAACAUGGGCUGCACUACCUAUCUUGUGACAUCAUGACACCACCAGCGCAGUACCCGGAGAACGAGCUGAAGCCCGGACAUCGGAGGAAGCGGCAAAAGUGACCGACUACCGACCACCGACGAGCCGACCUGUCUCAACCUACCGUAGUUACCUGGAGCUCCGACGGACAGGCAGCCAUUGACUCGGCCCUCCAUUCCCAACGACCCCCGCCAUCCACAGCCUCACACCAUGGCGCCAGCCAUGCAGCUGACACGCCGAGCAGUGCCCAGCGCGGCGCGCGCCCUCGCAAUCAAGAACCUCUCGACCGUGGUGGCCUCGCGCGGCGCGCUGACUUCGCCUUCACGGACCUUCGCCUCCUCAGCCACGAGAGCCCUUGCCCCCUCACAGUCGCAGCAAGUCGGGCAGACACCGACGAUAUUCGGGCUGCCGGUAGUCGGCGGCGGCGGCGGUGGCAGCAACAUCCCGCACAGCUACUUCCAGCGGCCCAGCCUCCCCGCCAACACCAUCGUCCGCUUCGUGCCGCAGCAGACGGCGUGGAUUGUCGAGCGCAUGGGCCGCUUCCACCGCAUCUUGCAGCCGGGCCUGGCCAUCCUGAUUCCGUUCAUCGAUCGCAUUGCCUAUGUCAAGAGCUUGAAGGAGGCCGCGAUUGAGAUUCCGAGCCAGAGCGCCAUCACCGCCGAUAAUGUCACGUUGGAGCUGGAUGGCGUGUUGUACACGCGGGUAUUUGACGCGUACAAGGCUAGCUACGGAGUCGAGGACGCCGAAUACGCCAUUUCGCAGCUGGCGCAGACGACGAUGCGCAGCGAGAUCGGGCAGCUGUCGCUCGACCACGUGCUGAAGGAGCGGGCGAACCUGAACGCAAACAUCACGGCGGCGAUCAACGAGGCGGCGCAAGCGUGGGGCGUGACGUGCCUGCGGUACGAGAUCCGCGACAUCCACGCGCCGCAGCCCGUCGUCGACGCGAUGCACCGCCAAGUGACGGCGGAGCGCAGCAAGCGCGCCGAGAUCCUCGAGUCGGAGGGCCAGCGCCAGUCGGCCAUCAACAUCGCCGAGGGCCGCAAGCAGAGCGUCAUCCUGGCCUCCGAGGCCCUCAAGGCCGAACAGAUCAACAUGGCGAGCGGCGAGGCCGAGGCCAUCCGCCUGAAAGCCCAGGCCACGGCCACGGGCAUCGACGCCGUCGCGCGCGCCAUCGAGCACGGCCAGGAACACGCCCACAACGCCGUCAGCCUCAGCGUCGCGGAGAAGUACGUCGAUGCGUUUGGCCGCCUGGCCAAGGAGGGCACGAGCAUCGUCGUCCCCGGCAACGUGGGCGACAUGGGCGGCAUGAUUGCGUCGGCCAUGGCCGUGUACGGCAAGGUGUCGGAGGGGCAGGCCAAGGCGUCGGCGGCGCGCUUGCUGGGCCAGGGCCAGGGGCCUAAGCAGAGCGCUGGCGCGAGCCGCGUCCAGGAGCUCGAGACUAAGGCUGAUGCUAUUGCUACCCAGACGGAUGAUGUGGCCAAGUCGGUGCUGGCGAGCUUUGACGACGCGACGCAGAAGCGGUAGACGUUGGUGUUGAUGUGGGAUGGGCGGAUGGGCGGAGCGAAGUGUGUUCGGUUCGGUUCGGGGUUCUUGCUACCGUGGUUCUCGGCAGUGGUAGGGGAGCGGGAGCGGGAUACGACGUGACGUGGAUGGGCUCAAGAAAUGAUAGCAUAGCAGGACAUGGCACGGCAUAGCACGAAUGGCCGGGUCUCAGGGGGUGCGCGUUAGGCAGGCAGGCAGGCAGGCAGGUAGGCAUGACCUUGUAGCAUAAGAGCAUAAGUAAGCGCCAGCAGCAGCAAGCAGCAGCAAGCAUCGCGAGCUAGCUCGUUUCUGUUCUUUUUUUCUAUUAUUUCUCUUAUUUAUUGUUCCACUCACACACACACAAUGGAGGCUUGAUGAUGGCUAGGCUGAGGCUUGUGCUUGUGGGUGUGGUUGUGGCU